GAUCUCGCGAGAACCCGGCCGGCAAUCUCGUGGACGCCCCCUGGUCCUCGGCCUCCCGGCUGCGGUGCAGCGUCAGCUUCGCUCGGCCUCGGCGGCGGUCCGCUCACCUCGGCUCCCCGAGCUCGGCCGCCCUCCGCCGCCCGCCUGCCUAGGCCGCAGCCCCUGGCUCGCGUCGCGCCGCCCCCUAUGGGCCCCGGCUGAGGCGCCACCGCCGGCCGCGGAGCCCUGAUGCUGGCCCGGAGGAAGCCGGUCCUACCGGCGCUCACCAUCAACCCCGCCAUCGCGGAGGGCCCGUCCCCCACCAGCGAGGGCGCCUCCGAGGCGAACCUGGUGGACCUGCAGAAGAAGCUGGAAGAACUGGACCUGGAUGAGCAGCAGAGGAAGCGGCUGGAGGCUUUCCUGACUCAGAAGGCCAAGGUUGGCGAACUCAAGGACGACGACUUUGAGAGGAUCUCAGAGCUGGGUGCUGGUAAUGGCGGCGUGGUCACUAAGGCCCAGCACAGGCCAUCAGGCCUCAUCAUGGCCAGAAAGCUGAUCCACCUGGAGAUCAAGCCAGCCGUCCGCAACCAGAUCAUCCGGGAGCUGCAGGUGCUGCACGAGUGCAACUCGCCCUACAUUGUGGGCUUCUACGGGGCCUUCUACAGCGACGGCGAGAUCAGCAUCUGCAUGGAGCACAUGGAUGGUGGCUCACUGGAUCAGGUUCUGAAGGAGGCCAAGCGGAUCCCUGAGGACAUCUUGGGGAAGGUCAGCAUUGCGGUGCUCCGGGGCCUGGCAUACCUGCGCGAGAAGCACCAGAUCAUGCACAGAGACGUGAAGCCCUCCAACAUCCUGGUGAACUCUCGUGGCGAGAUCAAGUUGUGCGACUUCGGGGUGAGCGGCCAGCUGAUUGACUCCAUGGCCAACUCAUUUGUGGGGACGCGCUCCUACAUGUCUCCAGAGCGGCUGCAGGGCACGCAUUACUCUGUGCAGUCAGACAUCUGGAGCAUGGGACUGUCGCUGGUGGAGUUGGCCAUCGGAAGGUACCCCAUUCCCCCACCUGAUGCCAAGGAAUUAGAGGCCAGCUUUGGCCGGCCUGUGGUCGAUGGCGCAGAUGGAGAGCCCCAUAGUGUCUCACCGCGGCCCAGGCCGCCCGGACGCCCCAUCAGCGGUCAUGGGAUGGACAGCCGACCUGCCAUGGCCAUCUUUGAACUGCUGGACUACAUCGUGAAUGAGCCGCCUCCCAAACUGCCCAGCGGUGUGUUCAGCUCGGACUUCCAGGAGUUUGUGAACAAAUGCCUCAUUAAGAACCCAGCGGAGCGGGCGGAUCUGAAGAUGCUGAUGAACCAUGCCUUCAUCAAGCGCUCGGAGGGGGAGGAGGUGGACUUUGCAGGCUGGCUGUGCCGAACCCUGCGGCUGAAGCAGCCCAGCACACCCACGCGCACCGCAGUGUGACCGCCAUUGCCCAGCAGCCUCUGUGCCCUUGUCCCUGUCGGCACGGUGGCCACCUCUGGGGACAGUGAAGCUGUGUGUUGUGCAGGGGACCUGCUUCCUGCGUCUGAAAACCAAACAAAUGGAGAGAGAAAGCUGCCCCUGUGCUCCUGGCCCAUUGCUCGCUAUCCGCGCUCACUCGCUCGCUCACUCACGGGGUGGAAGAAGGCGGGGCCUCCUUCCCAGAAAGGGUAUGGGAGCAGGGGUGCCUUCUGUGCCCUGUGCUGAGCUGAUGGAGCGCCAUGCACAGAAAGUGCCCUGCUGCGCUCGGGCAGAGACCCCAGCCAGUCUGGGCGGCCCUGUCACCUCUGCCCACCCACCAAGCACAGUCAAACUCAGCCCCAGUGGGCUGUGAGAAAGUAGAGAGGCCUCUUCCAGUUUCCACAGCUGCGGCUGAGCACACCUCCCACGUGCAGAGGUCACAUGUGCUGACGUGGGCUUGGACCCAGAGCCGGCACUGUAGAAGUGCUGGAACUUGGGAUCCACAAAAGUCCUGAAGCGGGUUCUGUCUUCCACCAACACUGCUGUGGUCCUGCCCAGCUCAGCUGCAGAGCCCCCAAUUGCUAGGAAUGGGAUACCCCGAGAGGGGCCAAGAAACAGGGAGUGAGUACACAGUACAAAGGGGGAUGGGACAUCCCUCCACCUCACUGCCAUGAAUCUUGUGGGAAGGCUAAGACAGGAGGACGGCAUGUUCUAGGCUAGCCUGAGUUCCAUAGUGAGAGCACACCAGGAAUCGGGCUCUUACAGGUUUGUGUUUUCUUGUUUGUUUUUCCAGACAGGAUUUCUCUGUAUAGCCCUGGUUCUCUUGGAACUUGCUCUGUAGACUGUGCUGGCCUUGAGCCCAGAGAGAUCUGCCUCCCAAGCCUGCCUUUGUGUUGGAGACACAAGCUCUCUGCAACCUAGGCUAGCCUAGAGAUGGAGUCUCCCCUGCCUCAGCCUCCUGAACAGUGCAGGGCAGGCAUGAGCCACAGCUAGCCUUUCUUCUCCACGUGUUUCUCCUGCGUGCAGUUUUUAUUUUUUUGUUUUGCUUUUGAUGCAGGG